AUGUGGAGGCUAAAGAUCGCGGAGGGCAGCGGCAACCCACUGCUGCGCACCACCAACGGCCACGUCGGCCGGCAGGUAUGGGAGUUCGAUCCUGCCGCGGAUGACCCCGACGAGGUCGCCGCCGUUGAUGCCGCCCGCCGCGACUUCACCAGCCGCCGGCACCAGAUGAAGAACAGCUCCGACCUCCUCAUGCGCAUGCAGCUCUCUAAGUCAAACAAUCUCAAGAUGAACCUUCCUCCCAUCAAGCUGGAACAACAUGGGUAUCACAUAGAAGAAGACGAUGUCUUGAUAUCUUUGAGGAGGGCAAUCAACCGAUGUUCCACUCUCCAGGCACAUGAUGGUCAUUGGCCGGGGGAUUACGCUGGCACUUUAUUUCUCUUGCCCAGCUUGAUUGUAGCACUGCAUGUGACUGGAGCACUAACUACUGUGUUGACAUCUGAACAUCAGAAAGAGAUUCGGCGGUAUCUCUACAAUCAUCAGAAUGAAGACGGGGGUUGGGGACUGCAUAUUGAGGGAACAAGCACAAUGUUCUGUACUGUCAUGAACUAUGUUGCUUUGAGAUUGCUUGGGGAGGGGCUGGAUUCAUGCGGAGCCAUGCUACAAGCUCGGAGUUGGAUCUUGGAUCAUGGAGGAGCAACUUUAACACCAUCGUGGGGAAAAUUCUUUCUUUCGGUCCUUGGGGUAUAUGACUGGUCCGGGAACAACCCAUUGCCACCAGAACUAUGGAUGAUGCCUUAUUUCUUGCCUAUUCAUCCAGGGCGCAUGUGGUGUAAUUGUCGGUUGGUAUAUUUGCCCAUGUCAUACCUAUACGGGAAGAGGUUUGUGGGUGCUACUACAUCAAUUGUACUAGACUUGAGGAAAGAGCUCUACAAUGUCCCGUAUAAUGAGAUUAACUGGGACAAGGCUCGCAAUGGGUGUGCCAAGGAAGAUCUUUAUUAUCCCCAUUCACCACUACAGAAUAUUGUAUGGGCCACUCUCAAGAAAAUUGGUGAACCGGUUCUUAUGCACUGGCCUGGCAGCAAUUUGCGAAAGAAAGCUCUGGACAUUGUCAUGAAACAUAUAAAGUAUGAGGAUGAAACAACUCAAUAUAUAUGCAUUGCUCCUCUCAAUAAGAUGUUGAAUAUGAUUUGUUGCUGGGUAGAAGAUCCAAAGUCAGAGGCAUUCAAACUCCAUAUUGAAAGAGUAUAUGAUUUCUUAUGGGUUGCUGAAGACGGCAUGAAGAUGAAGUCUUACAAUGGCAGCCAGCUAUGGGAUACAGCUUUGACAGUUCAGGCUAUAUUUGCUACCGGCCUCACAAAAGAGUUUGGCCAUACAAUUAAAGUCGCUCAUGACUAUAUCAAACAUUCCCAGAUUCGUGCGGACUGCCCUGGAGACCAAAGCAAGUGGUAUCGCCAUCUAUCAAAAGGUGGAUGGACACACUCAACUGCUGACCAAGGGUGGCCUGUAUCAGAUUGUACUGCAGAAGCAUUUAAGGUUUUGUUGUUGUUAACUAAGGUUCCUGAACUGGUUGAUGAGCCUAUAGAAACAAGCAGACUUGAUGAUGCAGUCAACAUUCUACUAUCUUUGAUGAAUGACGAUGGCAGUUUUGGUGCAUAUGAGCUAACAAGAUCUUAUGAAUGGCUUGAGUUGUUGAAUCCUUCUGAGAGCUUUGGCGGCAUAAUGAUCGAGUAUCCGUAUGUUGAGUGUACAUCAUCAGUAAUUCAGGGUCUGGUGUUAUUUAGAGAAAUGUACCCCGAACACAGUCGCUUGGAAGAGAUAGACAGUUGUAUCCAAAAGGCUGCAGACUACAUUGAGAGCAUCCAAUGGAGUGAUGGAUCAUGGUAUGGUUGUUGGGCUAUCUGUUUCACAUAUGGUACUUGGUUUGGGGUGAGAGGAUUGGUUGCUGCAGGGAGGACGUAUGUAAAUAGCCUAGCAAUCAGAAAAGCGUGUGAAUUUCUUUUGUCCAAGGAGCUUCUCCCAUCUGGAGGGUGGGGAGAAAGUUACCUUUCCAGUCAAGACAAGGUUUACACCAAUCUUGAAGGAAACAGGGCUCAUGCAGUUAACACUAGUUGGGCCAUGUUGGCCCUAAUUGAUGCCGGGCAGGGUCAAAGAGAUCCUGCAUGUCUACAUAGAGCAGCCAAGAUUCUGAUGAACUUCCAAUCAGAGGAUGGAGAGUUCCCUCAGCAAGACAUUAUUGGAGCUACCAACCACAACCUUAUGCUCACUUAUGCCCAGUUCAGGAACAUAUUCCCUAUCUGGGCUCUUGGAGAGUACUAUCGGAGAGUGCUUCUGGUAGCUUAA